AUGUCACAGAAUAGACCUGGGGUCUUCUCGAGUCUGCGCAUGGGUGAAGUCGUCCGCGAGAAAGUCCAGGAUGGACUUACGGGAGAAACCAAGGAGAUCUCCUAUUCACAAUGUAAAAUCGUUGGCAAUGGAUCCUUCGGCGUCGUCUUCCAAACGAAGAUGAUGCCCAGCGGCGAAGAUGCUGCAAUCAAAAGGGUUCUCCAGGACAAGCGGUUCAAGAAUCGUGAACUUCAGAUCAUGCGGAUCGUGCGCCACCCGAAUAUCGUAGAACUAAAGGCAUUUUACUACUCUAACGGAGAAAGGAAAGAUGAAGUGUACUUGAACCUCGUCCUCGAAUAUGUACCAGAGACGGUGUAUCGGGCCUCGCGUUAUUUCAACAAGUUGAAGACAACCAUGCCGAUGCUGGAAGUCAAGCUCUACAUCUACCAACUUUUCCGUUCUCUGGCCUACAUUCACUCGCAGGGAAUCUGCCAUCGUGACAUAAAACCUCAAAACCUGCUGCUCGACCCGAACACCGGUAUUCUGAAGCUGUGUGACUUUGGAUCCGCCAAGAUUCUUGUCGAGAAUGAGCCUAAUGUUUCAUACAUUUGCUCCCGCUACUACCGCGCACCUGAGUUGAUUUUCGGCGCAACGAACUACACCACGAAAAUUGACGUAUGGUCUACUGGUUGCGUGAUGGCCGAGUUGAUGCUAGGACAGCCACUCUUCCCAGGAGAAUCUGGAAUCGACCAGCUCGUGGAGAUCAUCAAGGUCCUGGGCACCCCGACGCGGGAGCAGAUUCGCACCAUGAACCCGAACUACAUGGAACACAAGUUCCCGCAGAUCAAGCCACACCCCUUCAAUAAGGUCUUCCGGAGGGCCCCCCAUGAGGCCAUCGAUUUAAUCUCCGCCCUGCUGGAAUACACGCCGACGCAACGUCUGUCAGCAAUUGAAGCGAUGUGCCAUCCAUUCUUCGACGAACUUCGGGAUCCUAACACCCGGUUGCCCGACUCGCGGCACCCGAACGGCUCCACGAGGGAGCUCCCUAAUCUGUUCGACUUCUCCAGGCAUGAACUUUCUAUCGCGCCCGCAAUGAACAGCCGGCUGAUUCCCCCUCAUGCACGUCCUGCACUUGAGGCUCGCGGGUUAGAUAUCACCAACUUCAAGCCUCUUACGAAGGAAGAAAUGAUAGCGCGUCUUGACUGA